UUGGUGGCCCUCGCGGUGAACCCUGGGAUGCUGCUGGCGGGGAGGUUCCUCAGCGGCGUGUUCUCGGGCAUGAUGUCUGUCACGGGGAACGUUUACGCCGUGGAGCUCCCGGACACGAACGUCAGGGGGUUCCUGGCCAUGAUCCCGAACGUCAUGGUCAGCGUCGGCCUCCUGGCAAGCGUGAGCCUCGGGCUGUGCCUCCGCUGGUUCGAGAUCCCCGCGGUGGCCAUCGGGGUGUUCGCCGCGUGCUGCGCCUCGGUGUCCUUCGUCCCCGAGAGCCCGACGUUCCUGGCGGUCAGCGGGAGGGAGUCCGAGGCGAGGAGGGUCCUCAGGAGGCUUCGAGGGCCGAGCGCCGACGUCGAGGAGGAGAUGGAGGUCCUGAGGGCUUACAACCAGGACAAGACGGGGCAGCCGAUCUACAAGCUGCUCCUCCAGCGGGACGUCCUCCGCGCCCUGUUGGUCAUCCAGGGGCUCUUCCUCAUCCAGAACUUCUGCGGCUUCAGCGCCUUCAUGAUCAACACGACGAGGAUCUUCCAAGACGCCGGUUCUAGCCUGGACGAGGAGCUGUCGUCCAUCCUCGUCUUCCUGGUGCAGAUGGCGGGCAACGUGGUGGCCAGUCUGCUGCUGGACCGGGCGGGGCGUCGGGCUCCCCUCGUCGUCUCGCUGUCUGUCAUGGCCGUCUGCCUCUACGUCAUGGGCUCCUACGUCUACUUCGCCGAACGACAGGAUCCCGGUUUCGGCGUCGGUCCAUCCCUUUGUCCUCACGCUGAGUAUUUCCGACGAGUAUCAGAGCCCAGCUCUUCACGCCCAUGCAGACCCGCCCUCACCACGCCCGGGCUGUACUGGUUCUACUGGGGCGUGUCCAUCGUGGGCGUUCUCUUCUGCACCGCCUUCGUCAGGGAGACCAUGAGAGUUGCCGUGGGUUGA